UUCCGGUUCCGUUACGGGACCUUGGUCAUGUGAGACUUUGCCUGAUUUAUGUGAGCUUCGAAUCGGACGAUCACGGGAGAGCAAGAUACCUGCUACAGCAUCAUAGACAGUUGCAUGUCUGCGUUUUGAUCGCUUAUUAGGAUCCUGCUCGGUAGCCACAGAAUCUCGUUUGGACGAGACGCCACUUUGAUACAAUGGUGCUAUACGUGAAUCGCUCUUUGAGAUGUCCAUGAUGUGCAAUAAAAAGCUAUUGGAGGUUGAUGUUUAAUCUGUUGCUCUCUACUGUUUCAGGGUGAAAAAGGUGUUGAGAUUCUCAGACGCUCGAGAUGUGCGCGCAGAAGCAUUGUUUGUUGCGCAAUAUCGAGGAUGUUGACUGAGGCGGAAUGGAAGAUCUGAGCGGAAUGGACAGUGAGUCUGAAAGGCUUGGUAGGCAGUCCGGUGCUCACUGUCAAUGUUAAGUUGAGGCUACUAGACCUUGAUGAAGAUGGAAAGUUUGGAUAUCUACCUUAGGUAGUUCAAUUGUGGGGUAGCUGCAGACAUACCUACCUAGGGAAGGUGCCUAGAAGUACCUGGGUACCUCAGGUAGUGAGGCCCUUUGCAAGUUCAACAAGCACGUCUUGCAUCUGACAUCACCACCGGCUCCAGGCUGAAACCACAUUCCAUAGGCUGCAAGAUUGUGACAUUACUGCCAUUAUUCACUGCUUUACAUUGUUUUGGUUUAUACUUCAAAUUGUGAUAUUGUCUUUAAACUGUCAUUGUCUUGGCACAGAUGAAUGCAGUCCAACCUUCUCGCUCGUGAAACGGGCGAUCUCCGCCAUGAAGACUUUACUCGGUCCAUCACUUCUGAACUCUUACGUUCCUUUGCGCCGGCUCCUCAGCACCGCUUCAAUGGUGAAAGAACGUCCAAGCAUAGCCCUGCAGAUAUAGACGAGCGUACGCACAAUAUAAGAGCACAUGGCGCGGGCGUUAAUACACUCGCCCUUGAGAAGUUCGAUGGACGUAUCCUUCUCUCUGGGGGAGCCGAAGGAGGCAUCAAGGUCUGGAACUUGGAAGACGCUGGAAAUCCCAACAAGUUGCACACUUUCCGCCCCGUGAGCAGCAUCGCCAGGUCUACGAGAGAGGAGUCUUCCCCCGGGCAUAGUCACGGUGUCACUCAUGUUGCCUUUUAUCCUUUCGAUCCGGAUGCUUUUCUUUCAAGUUCUUACGACAAGAAGCUGAAGCUAUGGGCGACUCAGCGUUGCACUCUGUCGGCCACCUUCGACCUGAACGCAACUAUUUACUCCCACUCCACAAGCCCUGUAGCAGAUCAUCUUAUUGUGGCGUGUGCCACGCAGAACCCAGCAGUUCGUCUGGUGGAUUUGAAAUCAGGGUCCGCUGUACAAGCUCUUGUAGCGCAUGGCGGCCCUGUUUUGUCAACUGCAUGGAGUCCGCGCCACGAGCAUAUUCUUGUCAGUGGCCAUGCAGAUGGGAAAGUCAGAAUAUGGGAUAUUCGUCGUUCUGGUGGUGUUGUGGCGCUGCUCGACCAGGAAGACUCGCUGGGUAUCGUUCACAAAAUGAAGCAUCUCAGUGCCGCAGGGGUGGAUUCCAGCCAGAUCCCACACUUCCGUACCUCGGCACAGGCGCACGAUGAUGCAGUGAAUGGCUUGCAGUGGACUGACGAUGGGAAAUACAUCAUCUCAGCUGGUCUCGACCGUCGCAUUCGUGUUUGGGACGCUGCCACGGGGGCCAAUACUCUCGCCAGUUUUGGCUCCCUUAUUCAGAACCAACACGCCAAGACAGCAAGUAUUUUGGUUUCUCCGGCGCAUCUCACAAGUGGCAAUAAUCUUCUCUUCUGGCCAAAUGAUCAGGAAAUUCUUAUCCUCGAUCUUCACGAUGGCCAUGUUGUGACACGGCUCCGGAGCCCUGGUGUGACGAACCCUAUAGGGCCACGAGGGGGCGAGAUGGGAAGAAACAGGAUCACGAGUAUAGUUUGGCGCGCAUCAGGGGGGACGGGACGCCCAGUUGGUCCUACUAUGGGUGGCGGCAACUCGGUUGGGGCCGUAUAUAGCUCCCAUAUGGACGGGAAAAUUCGAGCUUGGUCACCCCAAAUACCUGGGCCUGAGGAUGUAGCUGCGGAAGAAGAGACGCAUGAGGCAGAGGAGGCUAAACAGAAGAAGAGAAAGGCUGUCGACGAUGCAUAUAGAAGUCUUAUGGGCAAGAAGAUCACCUUUACGUAGUGUAGUUAUCAUGUCCGAGCCUGGAGCUUGAGCCUGUAUGUGUUAGUAAAUUCCCAGAUAUUGAUUGAAUCGAAGACGCAGUCUAUCAUGUCGCAAGUACGGUUCUGGAAGCCAGUG